GGAAAAUGAAACUGGCUUGUGGCUGAGUCAGAGGGCUAAACGAAAUCGAAAACAAAUGUUUUUUAUGUAAGGGAAUCUCCGCGGAUUAAUUUCCACAGGCGGACUGCAAAGCAAGACAGCCAGGGAUUGGUUGAAAUGCUGGAUUAACACCACAGCGGGAAAGGACGUGGUGCGCUGGCAUGGAGAUUGUAGUAAUAGCCUUGGUUGCUAGGUGGGUUUGAAGCUGUUGUCACCAUGGCGCACUUUGAUACAGAGUACCAGCGUCUGGAGGCAUCCUACAGCGACUCUCCCCCGGGGGAAGAAAAUCUGCUGGUGCAUGUGCCUGAAGGAGCCAAACCCAACUGGCACCAUAUUGAAAAUCUGGACCUGUUCUUCCAGAGGGUCUAUAACCUGCACCAGAAGAAUGGAUUCACCUGUAUGCUGCUGGGAGAGAUCUUUGAGUUGGUUCAGCUGCUGUUUGUGGUGGGCUUCACGGUGUUCCUAGCCAACUGCGUGGACUACGAUAUUCUCUUUGCCAACAAGUUUGUUAACCACACUGACUCUUCCAAAGUCACUUUGCCUGAUGCCUUCCUCCCCAUUGAUGUCUGCAGCACCCGCAUCCGAGACAACGUGUUUGUGAUGUUCGUGCUGGCAAUCUCCGGGGUGUUUUGGCUGCACCGCAUGGUCAAGUUCAUCUACAACGUCUGUUGUUACUGGGAAAUCCGAUCCUUUUACAACAAUGCCCUCAAGAUGACCAUGUCAGAACUGCCCUAUGUAACAUGGCAGGAGGUCCAGGCCCGGAUUGUGGAGAUACAGAAGGAGCACCAGAUCUGCAUCCACAAGAAAGAAUUGACAGAACUCGACAUUUAUCACCGCAUCCUCCGCUUCAAAAACUACAUGGUUGCCAUGGUGAAUAAGUCUCUUCUUCCUGUGAGAUUCCGACUUCCUCUGCUGGGGGAGUCUGUAUUCUACACCAGGGGUCUCAAGUACAAUUUUGAGCUCAUCUUCUUUUGGGGGCCAGGCUCUCUGUUUGAGAAUGAAUGGAGCCUGAAACCAGAGUACAAGAGAGGAGGCAACAGACUUGAGCUGGCUGACAGACUGGCAUCACGCAUCCUGUGGAUAGGCAUCGCCAACCUGCUACUCUGCCCUGUCAUUCUGGUGUGGCAGAUUCUCUAUGCCUUCUUUAGCUACACUGAGGUGAUCAAGCGGGAGCCUGGCUCUCUGGGAGCAAGAUGCUGGUCUCUUUAUGGUCGGUGUUACCUGCGUCAUUUCAACGAGUUGGACCAUGAACUAAUGUCACGCCUCAGCAAGGGCUAUAAGGCUUCAUCCAAGUAUAUGAACUGUUUCCUAUCACCUCUGCUAACAGUGGUGGCUAAGAACAUAGCAUUUUUUGCCGGGUCUCUCCUGGCUGCCCUCAUCGCCUUGACCAUCUAUGAUGAGGACGUUCUAGCAGUGGAACAUGUUCUCUCAUCGAUCACACUGCUGGGCGUGUGUAUCACAGUCUGCAGGUCUUUCAUUCCUGAUCAGCAUAUGGUGUUUUGCCCUGAGCAGCUAUUGAGAGUGAUCCUGGCUCACAUUCAUUACAUGCCUGACCACUGGCAGGGUAAUGCACACAGAUAUGAAACCCGUGACCAGUUUGCCCAGCUCUUCCAGUACAAGGCUGUGUUUAUUCUGGAGGAGCUGCUAAGUCCAGUAGUGACUCCCAUCAUCCUGAUCUUCUGCCUGAGGAGGAAGUCUCUGGAGAUCAUCGACUUCUUCAGGAACUUCACUGUGGAGGUGGUCGGGGUGGGAGACACUUGCUCCUUCGCCCAGAUGGACAUCAGGCAGCAUGGACACCCAGCGUGGAUGUCUGAGGGAAAAACGGAGGCAUCUAUCUACCAGCAGGCGGAGGACGGGAAGACGGAGCUGUCUCUGAUGCACUUUGCUAUCACCAACCCCCAGUGGCAGCCCCCCCAGGAGACUACUCACUUUAUCAGCCAGCUGAAAGAGAGGGUACAGAGAGAGGCCACAGGGGCCCCCGUGGACACACACACACUCAACUCUCUGUCAGAGUCAGAGCCAAGGAGUCUCAUUGCAAACCUCUUGGCAGGUCCGUCUGCCCUAGGCUCUAUUCAUUUCGGCCAGGAAGGGUCUUUGACAAACCACACAGGAGUUGGCAUGAACAGCGGCGGGGUGGAGGGUACCUUGCGCUCCCUUUCACCAGUCAGCAGCGGCCUCCAUUUAAGGGGCAGCUUCAGCACGGCUCAUAGGGUGGUUGGCCUCACUUCAGCCACUAGCAAGGCAAUGGCAGGCUCAGGCACUGAUGCCCACACUGUUAGCUCAGGCAGCAGUGCGUGGGAGGGUCAGCUGACCAGUUUAGUCCUAUCAGAAUAUGCCUCCACUGAGAUGAGCAUUCAUGCGCUCUACAUGCAUGAGCUCCAUAAGCAGCAGUCUCGUGGGGAACUGUCUCGUCACACAUGGCACAGGCAGGAGAGCGACGACAGCAGCGACAGUAUCCCUGAUGAGGUCAGAAGUGAACCCAAUCCUCACUCCAGAAACUUCCCCCGUUCUCACACCUUUCCCACCACAGCUCCCAGUCCCAGUGCCAUUCCAGGCUUGGCCUCAGCUGCCAGCAAUACAGCCCUAGGCCAAGAGGGGGUUUCAUUGCAGAGCAGCAGCUUGCGUCGCUACGGAGGCAUCACCACAGAAUCUUUGGGUGCAGGGGCAAGGGUGGUGAGGUCAGCGCGAGUGCCCAUGGGAGGUUGGGCAGAGGAUGGUCAGGGAGCACCGAGGCAUCACGAGCCAGUACCGGAGGAGGGCUCUGAAGAUGAGAUGCCUCCUCACAUACACAAGGUGACAUAACUGACCCUGUGCAGAAACCCACAACCCAUUGGCUGCACAGUGAUACACUAACCACAGUCUUUUAAAAGACAGGUCAUACUGACCAAACUUUGACCCUCAGUUCACCUGCUCAGAUGAGGAUGGACAUGGACCUGUGUAAGAAGGCACACCACAUUACUGACCAACCUGUGACAUCCUCCUGACACCGUUAGAUGCAUGACACUAAUGGCCAUAAAAGAAACAGGGGACUGAUGACGUCCGUGACAUACUACAUACCUAAGCAGGCAAACGGGGUGAAGCCCUAUACCCAUGCAUCAGAGUGCAGCCUACAGGAUUAGCUGUUGCUAUUACUGCUAAUAGCCAUGUAUUACAUCAGAUUCCACUUCUCUGGUUUAUGUCAAAAAAUUACACCAUGAACGCGCAUGUGUCACCUGGUAAUGUAAGCGGAAACAUUCAACGCUGUAGAAAACAUCCAUAAAAUCCUAUUGGCUACAGUUCACUUUUUUUUUCCCCCAGUGCGAUCACAAAAAAUGUUGAAAUUAUAAUAUUAAUCUCUGCUCCCUGCCCUGCAAGCAAGGAAACAUGGGAAGCGAGCUACUUAACAUAUGAUUUGACAGGUUUCAUGGCAUCACCUCAAAUAAUGUAGGAGAGAAAUUCAAAGACGCCAAUAAGAUGGUUAUAAAAACGUAAACAAACCAACAUUUCUUCUUGCUGUGUACCCUGACAAAGUGCACUGCUCUUGUACCGUUUGUUUAUUUUACUGUUCUGAAGUCAGAAGGAAUUCUACAUUAGAGCAAAGGGAAUGUUUCCAGUAUUGACAGGGAUCUUCUCUGUGUGCAUACGUAAAUAUACUGGUGAUAUACUGACUCUCAUUACGUGUGCCGGACCCUUUAUCGGUGGCUGCAAGGCUAUUUGUCUCACCCCCCCCCCCCUUCUGCUUGCAGUCUGCCUCUUUGAAAAUCAUAUGUGGGCCUCAAAUGGUAUGAAAUGCGUUUAAAGUUUUAUUUUUUUAAUCAAAAUUUUACUCCUUCAGAUUUUUCUGAUGAUCUCUUGUUUUUAUUGUACUUCAAGUGAAUGUUUCGAAAGGGAGUUAUUGCCCAGAGUGAAAAUUGCUCCUAAUAUCUGGGUCUGUUUGCACUGGUAAAGUACUAGACGUGUGUGCAUGUGCGCGCACGUGUGUGUAUGUGUGCAUAGGUAUACUGCAUGCACUCAUGCACUGUAUAAAUGAAAUUAUCAGGUGAUCUGACCGUGAACAUAAUCACAAGGGUCCUUAUCUAUCAGUCACCAAAAUUCAAGCCCAAUAUUAUGGUGUGUGUGUGUGUGUGUGCGUGCGUGCGUGCGUGCAUGUGUGUGUGUGCGUGCGUGCGUGUGUGUGCGCGCGCGCUUGAGGUGCCAUAUGUGAGCAUCUUUCAGAAUCAUUCAAUGUAUUAAAUGUUGUGGUUCCUCAUUCUUCUCUUCUUCAUCAGUAGCCUUGCUCAAGGUUUUUGACAGCCAGCAGGACUGAUUUUACUAUGUGACGCUGACCUCUGCAAUUCCAAAAAGUUCUUAAGCACAACUGUACAACCAUCCGCCUUUCCUUUUUGAGAGCGAGAUGUACCGGAUCAUCCCACAGCAGCCAGACCAAAGUCAUCUUCCUCAGCAUCUUCCAAACUAAACUUGGCUCACAGUCAGAACUUGCAUGUCCCGUUUCACAAAUUAUAACGUUUAUAUAAGAUUUGAAUGCACUUUAAUAAUUUGUUGGUUCAGAGGAUGCCACUGAAACUUGUGUGUUGGUAUGUUUGUGCUUUCUUUUUACUUAUUUACUUUUUUAAUGAUGGGGAUGUGCCAUGAUAAACUGUUGAGAUGUGAAAUUAAGAUCCUGCUGUCUUUGAGAUUUUGCAUCAGGGGGAGGCGCAGCAUCGACUGAGAGCUGUAGCUAAACUAAAACAAAGCAACUUUUCUUUUUUUAUAGAUCCUGUAAAUUACCAUUUUGUACAGUUGUAAAGUCAUCAUUAAAAGUCAUGGUC